CUCCUCCUCAGCUUCCACACUAUCGGUAGGGUUUAGCGACUACGAAACCUUCGCUCUGCGAAAAUGGCAACGAGAUUCCUCGCUCGCUCCCUGCUCACCACCAAGCCGCCUCUCUCAUCGGCUCUCUCCCACUCCUGCACCUCCGUCUCCGCCGUUCUGCCGAAUUCCUCUUCAUUUCUCUUCCGUCUCCGCCCUAUCGCCGCCGCGGCUUCCGCCUCCUAUUUCCGCCGCCUGCUUCCGUCGAUUUCCACCAGAGCGUUCUCCACUCGCCAGACUGCGUCGUCACUGAAUGAUCCGAACCCUAACUGGUCGAAUCGCCCCCCGAAGGAGACCAUUCUGCUCGACGGCUGUGAUUUCGAGCACUGGCUCGUGGUUUUGGAGAAGCCAGAGGGCGAUCCGACUAGAGAUGAAAUCAUCGAUAGCUACAUUAAGACGCUUGCUAUGGUGGUUGGCAGUGAGGAAGAAGCAAGGAUGAAAAUAUAUUCGGUUUCUACAAGGCAUUACUUUGCAUUUGGAGCACUUGUCUCUGAAGAACUCUCUUACAAGCUAAAAGAGCUGCCAAAGGUUCGGUGGGUGCUGCCUGAUUCAUACUUGGAUGUUAAAAACAAGGACUACGGAGGUGAACCAUUUAUCAAUGGGCAGGCUGUUCCAUAUGACCCCAAGUAUCAUGAGGAAUGGGUGAGGAACAAUGCCCGGGCAAAUGAGAGGAACAGGCGCAAUGAUAGGCCUCGCAACUUUGACAGAUCUAGAAACUUCGAGCGAAGAAGAGAAUUACAAGGCCCGAACCCUGGAGGCCCAGGUGGAAACUACAAUGGAGGUCCACCACCAGCCAAUCCCAGUCCCAAUAUGGGUGGACAGCUUAACAAUGGGGGUGGUGGGCCUGUGCCUAACAACACUGGAAACUAUCAGAGACCACCACCGAACAAUCCAUCAAACUUCCAGCAGGGCCCUGGCCCAAACAGUGGAGGUCCCCCUUACCAACCUGGCCCCGGACCAAAUCACGGUGGUGGCUUCCCUGCAGGAGGGCCUGGACUGAGUCCCGGUGGAUUUCCUUCGGGACAAAAUCAGAAUCCAUAUGCUAAUGCAGGUGGUGGAAGCCCCUACCAGAACCAGAACUACCCGGGACCAAACUCUGGCAAUUUCGGCUCCAACCCAGGAUAUGGUCCUGGCCCAAGUCAACACAACUUUGCUCCUAACCCGGGAUCUGGUCCGGGGCAAUAUCAGAAUGCUUAUGGUCCAAAUGCCGGAAACCCUUCACAAGGCCAGAACAUCCCAGGAAGAGAUUUCCCUCCCUCUUCAAACUACUGAGACAUGUAUAUCGAGAUGAACUAAGUGUCCUAACCUUGUGUGGUUCUCUUGUUUCUUGAGAAUUCUGCUUCUGCUGCACUGGUUUAUUAUGCUCUUAGUUUUAUUAAAAUAUGUGAAAAAUGCUUAGCUUUUCAA